AGCCGCACGCCCGAGCCGACAUUGCACAGUACAGGACAGGGUACACUGGGAGCCGGAGUGAGGGCGUGUGAGAUAGCGGGAGGCAGCAGAGAUGCCGGUCGCAGUUGGUGGGCCCUACGGGCAGUCACAGCCCAGAUGUUUUGACAAAGUAAAGAUGGGCUUCAUGAUGGGUUUUACAGUAGGCAUGGCAGCAGGGGCUGUGUUUGGCACAGUCUCCUGUUUAAGAUUUGGAAUGAGAGGACGUGAACUUGUUGGUGGCAUUGGAAAGACCAUGUUGCAAAGUGGUGGAACAUUUGGGACGUUCAUGGCCAUUGGGAUGGGAAUUCGAUGCUGAUCUUCAUUUUAGUUUAUCUAUUCACUAUAAAUCUAUAAAAAUAUUUUGCAGAGUUCA